AUGGAUACGGAUCAGUACUUCGAUAAUAACGAACGUGAAAACAGCUUUAACAAAGAUGAUAAACCAUGGAAAAGCAUCGAUAAACUGGAUAAUGGAGUUUCCGGUGGGUUUGACUGUAAUAUCUGUCUAGAAUCUGUUCAAGAUCCGGUAGUGACACUCUGUGGCCACCUCUAUUGUUGGCCUUGUAUCUAUAAAUGGAUUCAUCAUCAAAAUACAUCACCAGAAAACCCAGAAAAGAAAGCCCCGCAGUGCCCCGUAUGCAAAAGCGAAGUCUCUCAGAAGACUAUCGUCCCGUUAUAUGGUCGUGGAGCUCCAACUCCUGUUAGCGAAGAAAAGACUCCAAGUUUAGGAACAGUGAUACCUCGCCGGCCACCUACGCCGCGUUAUGGAGUUAUAGACACACCAGCCACACAAGUUAGCCGGCGUGGCUUUCAACAACGAGCGCCGCCACCUCUAGCCAUGCCUGGCCGUGGAGGCGUAGAUAUGGCCGCCAGCAUUUGUCCUAGUCCGACGAUCGGGAUGCUCGGAGAAAUGGUUUCAGGGAGGAUCUUGGGGGACUUGGAUACCCCGUUGUUUGCUACUCCGAAUUCUUAUAAUCUUGCUGGGGUUAGUACCCGAAGAGCAAGAAGGCAGGCUACCGAAGCCGAUAGAUCCCUAAGCCGAAUUUAUACUUUCUUGUUUUGUUGCAUAAUAUUGUGUCUUCUAUUGUUUACAUAA